GAACGUGCGCGCUCUCGCGUCCCUGCGCGCCUAGCAGCGAAGAGAAUAGGGCAAGAAUCCGGCGAAAGAUCCAGCGAAAGCCAGACUGAGCUUCCUGACUCCGACGCCCUCGGUACGCCAAGUUGCCCCAGUUGCUGAAACGUGCACGGAGAGCGGAUUUUUCUUCUCUAACCUGAGCUGCAGCGCUGCUGUUUGCCCGGCUUGGCGGGAGAAGUUUUGCUCGUUUCGGGGCCGUGUCGGUGUAGAGUUUUUACAGGAGAGCGGUACCACCGCGCGUCGUUUCACUCUGGGAGGAGAGGAGAGGGUAGAAGUUUCCGCUGGGUUGUUUUGUCACUGCAGGGCUGUUUGUGAAUCGGCAAGAAUGUCGCAGAACGUGAGACCCACUUUUUAUCGACAAGACCUCAACAAAACCACGUGGGAAGUCCCAGAGCGCUACCAGAACCUUUCUCCCGUUGGCUCCGGUGCUUACGGAUCCGUGUGCUCGGCAUAUGAUGUGAAGACAGGACUGAGGGUAGCAGUGAAGAAGUUGUCCAGACCUUUCCAGUCCAUCAUCCACGCAAAGAGAACGUACCGAGAGCUGCGGCUGCUCAAACACAUGAAGCACGAGAACGUGAUCGGCCUCUUAGAUGUUUUCACACCAGGGAAAAGCCUGACGGAGUUUGAAGAUGUAUAUAUGGUGACACACUUGAUGGGAGCAGAUCUCAACAACAUCGUGAAGUGUCAGAAGCUGACUGAUGACCACGUUCAGUUCCUCAUCUACCAGAUCCUCAGAGGGUUAAAGUACAUCCACUCUGCAGACAUCAUCCACAGAGACCUGAAGCCGAGUAAUCUGGCUGUUAAUGAAGACUGUGAGCUUAAGAUCCUUGACUUUGGCCUGGCGCGACACACGGAUGAUGAAAUGACGGGAUACGUAGCCACGCGGUGGUACCGAGCCCCUGAGAUCAUGCUGAACUGGAUGCACUACAACAUGACAGUGGAUAUCUGGUCAGUUGGCUGCAUCAUGGCUGAACUACUCACAGGACGGACGCUCUUCCCCGGCACUGAUCACAUUGAUCAGUUGAAGCGUAUAAUGUUGCUCAUCGGGACCCCAGGGCCAGAGCUUUUGAAGAAAAUCUCUUCGGAGCCUGCAAGGAACUACAUCAGUUCACUUCCUUUCAUGCCUAAAAGGAAAUUUGCUGAUGUGUUCAUCGGUGCAAACCCUCUGGCGGUGGACUUGCUGGAAAAAAUGUUGGUGCUGGACACAGACAAGCGGAUCACGGCAUCCCAGGCUCUGGCCCACCCGUACUUUGCUCAGUACCACGACCCAGACGACGAGCCUGAAGCCGAACCCUACGACCAGAGCUUUGAAAGCCGCGAGCUGGACAUCGAAGAGUGGCAGCGCUUAGCCUACGAAGAGGUAAUCAGCUUUGUGCCGCCAUCUUUAGAUGAAGACGAGAUGGAAUCUUGAAGGGCGGGUCGCCCUUUUUUAGAUUAUUUAUUUUUGUUUGGUUUAUUUGACUUUUUUGCCCAAGAAACACUCUUUUAAAACUACCAGUCUUGUCUGACUAUCAAUCACUUCUUACUCGCGCACAACCACGACAUUCAAGUGCCUGCAAUCCGGGGGAGGAAAGAACAUCCUGGUUGGCUGUUUUUGUUAACCCGCGUCCCUCAAAUAACGAGGCCGGGUUUAAACCCUCUCACCGUCUGUCUCAGACAUUUCAGUUUCAGUUCCUACCCCAUGAAAAAACAACUUUUAACUAACACGAGAGGUUGGUAUUUUAUAUAUUUUUACUGCUUUACAGGAAAACCUUUUUUCUUUGUGUGGAUAAGUGUGUAGAUAUUCCAAUAAACAGUAUUUGUACAUAAGUAUUUCAGGCAGCACAGUUAUAUUAUGUAAUAAUUGUAACUUGCUCAGACACUUUAUCCAACCUCUUCACCAGUAUGACUAAAAAAAUAAAUCUUAAAAUGACAAAUGAGAUUAUAUUGUUUGUAAAUUAUAAUAAGCGUGUACAGAAUAGAGGAGAAAUCAGUCAAAUAUAAAAUGGACAGGAGUUUAGGCCUUUAUUUUCUUAGUUUUGUAGACUUAGCAUCUUUCUUUUUUAGUUUGUAGAAUAACUUCAUAUCAGUUUUUCCAAAUGUUGAAAAGGUUUCAUUUUUCCUUCAUCUGUAACAUUUCUGUUGUUCCAAGUGACUUCAUAUGCAGUCGGUAAGCUCCAGUUUCACUGAAGCUAAAUGAAAAGAAAAACAGGUUUGGCUUCAUAAUUUAUUCAGAUUAGAUCUUUUUCAUAAGUACCAAUUGUAAUUUAAUUUCAUUGCAGUUAUAAACCAUAUUACUAUUAAUGUUUAUUGAAUGUUUGGGGCACCACAUGGCUCUGUAUUUAUGAUCUUUUGUUUGUAUUUCAGUGUAAAAGAAAUAUUUUUUUUUUCAUUAUUAUUUAUGGAGAGCAUCAAUAAUAAUCUGAUUUAUCCACUAAAGCCACAGUGACUGCAGUUACAGAUUGUGUUUCUAAAUCAGCUAAAAGAAGAAAAUCCUAUCAAAGUUGCCUGAAUAGUUCUGUUUGAGAAAACCUUAUAUAAUCAAUAUAAUAUAAUAUAUUUGGAAACUGAAGGAAACAAUUUGUAAAUGCAGUUUCUCUGGCUUAACUACAUUAUGUCAUCCUUUCCCCAUUUACCGUUUUAGUUUUUUUUUCUUCCACAUGUAUUAUUCCACUCCUGUCUGUUUUAAAUCGGGAUUGGACGUUUCCCUGUGAUUUAUUAUUUUAAUUUUUUUGUCGUAUGAGGAGCACUAGCAUGUUAGCUUAGACAUUUUAGCAGGGCAUGAGUGGACGUUUACUCACUGGAUGCUGAAGGGCAAUGCUGAAGCCUCACAUUUUUUUACUCCACUGCAUCAAUCAGAUAUUUCUCUCAUCAAUAUAAUAUCGAGGGUUGUUUUGGUUAUGCUUGCUUUGCCUGAGAUGUGUUUAUAUUUUUUCACUUUGUUCUUGACCACAUGUAUCGAGAUGCAGGCGGUGACAUCUGUAAAUAAUAACACCAUCAGGAAAUAAAGGCUAUUUUUGGACCUCUGA